GCACUUUUAGAUCACGUGGCUCGUUUGCACAAUAAAUAACACACGUCCCUGGCUGCAUUGGGAGCAUUUGACAACACCAACAUGGAGAUCUUGGGGCUAGUGGACGUCCCGUUAUAUUACCUUCUGGCCUUGGCGGCGUUUGUGCUCACAUACAUAUAUGGAACAUGGAACCACAAUUACUUCAAGAAACGGGACAUUCCGGGGCCAGCACCAUACCCUUUUGUUGGGAACAGCUUUGAUGUUGGUUUCCAAAAUGAUUUAUACGACUGGUGCCAGAAAUAUGGAAGCGUAUAUGGGAUCUUCUUGGGAAGACAACCCGCCUAUGUAAUCACUGAUCUUGAAAUUCUGAAGGAGGUUUUCGUCAAGAGUUUUGACAAUUUUAGAAACCGGCGGAAAUUUCCAUUACCCUACCCGUUUAGUUUAGCACUGUUUGCACUGGAGGAUGAUACCUGGAAGAGAGUGAGAAAUAUCAUGACCCCAACUUUCACUGGCGUCAAACUGAGGCGGAUGUGCGGACCAAUCAACGAUUGUGCGAAGACUCUAACCACUAACUUCUCAAAAGACAGGGGGGUAAAUCACAGGUUUAAUAUGAAACAAUACUUUGGAUCUUACGCCAUGGACGUGAUUGCACAAACUGCCUUUGGGAUUAAGAUCGAUUCUCAAAAUGAUUUCAACGACCCUUUUGUUGCUCAUGCUAAGAUGCUAUUCGCACCAACAAAACUGGCCCAAGCACUCGCAACAUUGUCAAAUGUUGUUCCAAUACUUGAACCAAUCUUCAUUAAUCUUGGCUUGGGAAUAUUUCCACGAAAAGUAGUUACCUUCUUUGAAAAGAUCACAGCGGAACUGAUUGAACAGCGGCGGAAUGAGACAGCACGCCGGCAAGAGCCGAGACCAGACUUCCUACAACUCAUGAUGGACGCUUCGACAGAGGAGGGGCCUGGAGAAAACGCCAAUGGUGAAACAGUCAAACAUUCAGCCAGGCAUCUAUCGGAGGAAGAGAUAGUUGCUCAGUGCAUACUGUUCUUUAUCGCUGGUUACGACACUACCGGGUCAACCCUUUCCUACACGGCCUACAACCUGGCCAAGAACCCGGAUGUACAGGAGAAGGCGUACAAUGAAAUCAAAGAAAUAUUGGGAAAUGAGGAACCGAACUACGACAACAUUGGGAAACUGAAGUAUAUGGACAACGUCAUCACUGAGACGCUUCGACUCUACCCACCGGGUUUUGUGCUCAACCGAGUUUCUUCUGAGACAAUUCAAAUCAAGGGCUUAACUCUCUCUAAGGGUCAAUCUAUCUUUAUUCCCGUGAUGGCAAUACACAGAGACCCUCAGCUCUACGAGGAUCCUGAUUCCUUCAGGCCAGAAAGGCAUGAAGAACAAGCCAAAACUAUUUCCUUCCAAGCAUUCGGAUCUGGCCCAAGGAUCUGUAUUGGGAUGCGGCUAGCUCUGGUUGAGGUUAAAGUAGCCUUGGCUAACGUUCUGAGGAGUGUGAAGUUUGAACGCUUACCCGACACACCGGAUGUUUUGACGUUUGCUCGGAAUCCAAACAUUCUUCAAACCAAAGAGGACAUCAUGUUGAAAGUGUCUCCAAGAUGUUGAAGGCUGCGGAGAAGUACCAACAAUUCACAGAGUGUGUCGAAAUAUACUUACACGAUAUUUACAUAUUAAUACCAUAAAAAACAAUCACUAACUUUUGUUUUACGCCUUCUAAUCAUAUAUCAUUGGGAAGUAUCAUGUGAAUUCCUCAACAUGAUGUUUAAAAUUUUGUUGGAAAUGAAAAGCAAUGCUAUUUUAUCAUGUCAGUAAUCUGUAGGAAGCAGUUUCUUGGUAUUUUCAAUGUAUAUAUGAGAGAGUGAGUUGGGUUUAACGCCGCUUUUAACAGAAUUACAGUUAUAUUGUAGCGUGUCAGCUAAAUGAGGGAGGAAAGCCCAAAGUGUUGCAGGUCUCAGACGAUAACCACUUCGGGGAAACCCACGAGUAUGGAUAUGGUGCUGACAAACCUAGAAACAUAAUCGGGGCGAACCGGGAAUCGAAUCCAAAAUAAUAGGUUUCUGGCGUGCCGAAGGAAAGCAACUCUGCACAGCGAAUUGCGGCGGCUUAGACGACUGGGCCACCCUGACCCCUAUAUACAUGUGCAUAUUAUGCGUUUGGUUUAACCCAGCUGUGAAAAGUAUUUCAAUAAUAUUACCGCGUUUCAACAUGUUAUGGGAGAAAAUCUCGAAGUGUUGCAGGCGUCAAGCGUUCGCCACGUGAAACCCACAAGCACAGGUAUGAUCCUGACAAAACAGAGAAACGUCGUCAAGGCGAAGCUGGGAUUGAAGCCCACCAGCAUGGAUAUUUGGCACCCUAGGGCGCGCAAUAUUGCGCAGUGAAUUGAGGUACCUAAGGCGACUUGGCAACUCGUGACCCAAAAUGAAUCAUCGACAGCUUCAUGUGUACACAUGCCAGAUCCUUUUCUGGUUCCAAGAAUAUUUUGAUGCCCCGGUAUAAUUUGUGAAUAGAGUGACAUUUGUCCAAAACUGUAAAGAAUAUAUUACGUUUUUCACCAAUAAAGUAUCAAUAUAGUUCUCAAUAUUCGUUUUAGUCACAGGAAAUUGUUUCAAAUCAGUCUACUUUUCUUUGUUAAUUUGCUUUAAGUUCUUUUUAAAUACUAUAUAUUUGAUAAAUUUGUAUAUAUCUGUAUUAAAAUACGCUGAAUAAACUUAACAAUGCAUAA